UCUACUAUGUCUUCAUUUCAUUUUAGUUCUCCUUAUUUUUGUCUCUCGUUCUCGUUCUUCUGCUUGUUCUUGGUUAGCUCGGUUCAAGUUGGCUUGGCUUCUGAACCGAACAUCAGUUUGGGUUCAAAGUUAUUAGCUAGUGAACCGAACCGGGUAUGGGUUUCCGCAAAUGGUACUUUUGCAAUCGGGUUUACUCGGUUUAAACCAACCGACCAGUUCUUACUGAGCAUUUGGUUCGCACAACUUCCCGGUGAUCCAACCAUCGUUUGGUCUCCCAAUAGAAACUCCCCAGUCACAAAAGAAGCAGUCUUGGAGCUAGAAGCAACCGGAAACCUUGUACUCUCCGACCAAACCACCACCAUAUGGGCCUCAAACACCUCAAACCACGGCGUGGAAUCAGCGGUCAUGUCUGAAUCCGGAAACUUCCUCCUCCUUGGGACCCAAGUUACCACCUCUCCAGCCAUUUGGCAGAGCUUUUCACAACCUGCCGACACUCUCCUCCCAAACCAACCCUUAACCGUUUCUCUACAACUAACCUCUAACCCUUCACCGUCUCGUCAUGGCCAUUACUCACUGAAGAUGCUUCAACAACACACUUCGCUUAGCCUAGGUCUAACCUACAACAUCAAUCUUGACCCUCACGCAAACUACUCAUACUGGUCCGGACCUGAGAUUUCCAAUGUGACUGGAGAUGUUACCGCUGUUCUUGACGAUACUGGAAGCUUUAAAAUCGUUUACGGAGAAUCCUCUACAGGAGCAGUGUAUGUCUACAAGAAUCCAGUAGACGAAAACCGGAGCUAUAAUAGUACUAGUAAUCCCCGGUUAACGAAAAACCGGAUUCUGCGGAGAUUGGUAUUAGAGAACAACGGUAACCUCCGGUUGUACCGAUGGGACAACGACAUGAACGGUUCAAGCCAAUGGGUACCUGAAUGGGCGGCUGUAUCAAACCCCUGUGACAUAGCUGGGAUAUGCGGUAACGGAGUAUGCAACUUGGACCGGACCAAGAAAAACGCCGACUGUUUAUGUCUGCCCGGUUCGGUUAAGCUUCCUGAUCAAGAAAAGAAUAAACUCUGUUCAGACAACUCAUCUCUGGUCCAAGAAUGUGAGAGAAACAUCAAACGUAACGGUACCUUCAAGAUCUCGACGGUCCAAGAGACUAACUACUAUUUCUCGGAACGUUCUGUUAUCGCUAACUACAGCGAUAUCGGUAACGUGAGUAAAUGCGGUUCGAUGUGUUUGUCUGAUUGCAAAUGUGUUGCUUCGGUUUACGGUUUAGAUGAUGAGAAGCCUUAUUGUUGGAUUCUAAAGGGCCUCAACUUUGGCGGGUUUAAAGAUCCUGGCUCAACACUUUUCGUCAAGACUAGAGCUAAUGAGUCUUAUCCUUUCAAUAAUCAUGAUGAUAAGGAUUCUAAAUCGAAUAAAAGCCAUGGGUUAAGACAGAAGGUUCUUGUGAUUCCUAUAGUUGUUGGGAUGCUUGUGCUUGUGGCACUACUUGGGAUGUUGUUAUACUACAAUGUAGAUAGGAAGAGAACACUAAAGAGAGCCGUAAAGAACUCGCUUAUCCUUUGUGACUCUCCUGUGAGUUUUACUUAUCGUGAUCUUCAGAACGCUACAAAUAAUUUCUCCCAACUUCUUGGAUCAGGUGGAUUUGGGACAGUAUACAAAGGAAGUGUAGCGGGUGAAACGCUGGUUGCAGUGAAGAGAUUAGAUAGAGUAUUAUCUCAUGGAGAGCGAGAGUUUAUCACCGAAGUCAAUACCAUUGGUUCCAUGCAUCACAUGAACCUAGUUCGUUUGUGUGGUUACUGCUCCGAAGACUCACACCGGCUUCUAGUUUAUGAGUUCAUGAUAAAUGGGUCGUUAGACAAAUGGAUAUUCUCUUCAGACCGGACGGGCAGGCUGCUUGAUUGGCGCACACGUUUUGAGAUUGCUGUGGCAACUGCGCAGGGGAUAUCUUAUUUUCAUGAACAGUGUAGAAACAGAAUUAUUCAUUGUGACAUUAAACCCGAGAACAUCUUGUUGGAUGAAAAUUUUUGUCCUAAGAUAUCGGAUUUUGGGCUGGCUAAGAUGAUGGGGAGAGAGCAUUCUCAGGUGGUAACAAUGAUUAGAGGGACGAGAGGGUAUCUAGCUCCGGAGUGGGUGAGUAACCGGCCGAUCACAGUGAAGGCUGAUGUGUAUAGCUAUGGAAUGCUUCUUCUUGAGAUUGUUGGUGGUAGGAGAAAUCUUGAUGUGUCCUUCAACGCUGAAGAUUUCUUUUACCCUGGAUGGGCUUACAAGGAACUAACGAACGGGACGGCCCUGAAAGUUGUGGAUAGAAGGCUACAAGGAGUAGCAGAGGAAGAGGAAGUGGUGAAAGCUCUUAAAGUGGCGUUUUGGUGCAUACAAGAUGACAUAUCAAUGAGGCCGUCAAUGGGAGAAGUGGUGAAGCUUCUAGAAGGAUCUUCAGACGAGAUAAAUCUGCCUCCAAUGCCGCAAACGAUUUUAGAACUUAUCGAUGAAGGACUGGAGGAUGUGUAUAGAGCGUUGAGGAGAGAGGUUAAUAACCAGCUUAGCUCUUUCACUGUUAAUACCAUGACAACCUCUCAGAGUUAUCUUUCUUCCUCUCGGUCUCAUGCUACCUGUAGUUACUCUUCCAUGUCUCCCAGGUAGUUCUUUUUUGGCGUUUUGUAGUUUGAGAUUAUUUCUCUUUUUCGGUUAGCUAAUCAAAAUGUAAUCUUCACUAUUUUUUUCUAUGUUGUGUUUGUUUAAUUAAAAUUAAUACAAUGAUGUUAUGACUAGAUUACUAGUCAGGCCAGGUGGGAGUUAAAAGAUGUUGUUAAUGGUAACAUAUUC